GGGGGCGCACAGAUUUUCACACUGAAUCUCUUCAUCCUCCGGACGACGGUUACUUGCACAAUACAGUGGUGCUGCGAAAUUUGGCAGUGACAGUUGUUCACGCCGGAUAGAUUUUUAAAGGAACACUUCGUGCAGUUUUGUCCGCAACGCUGGAACCGAAGUCCGCUAUGAAAACAUGAAGCUGCCUAACCAGCGGCGCUAAUGUUAGCACGGCGAGUCACCGGGCUGGCGGACCUCAGGGUUUCAGAUAGAGGAAUUGAGUGUCGUCGUUUUGUUGUGUUGAAACUUGUCACUGGGUUCAUGACAGUCGACAGCUUUAGACUGUCAUUUCGUUACGGAUGCCGACGGGACCAAGGAGCAAGUCUGUAGCAAAUGUAAACAUCCCGCUGUCACUGUAGCUUUCAUUUAGCAGCUGCUGUUAUUGUCUGAAGUGGCACAAUUACGCUAGCCAGCCUGCUCGCCUUAUAAUUGUUGCUGAAUGGGGUGGAGUUUUUCCUAGCGUUGCCCUCCAGUCUAGAGUAACUUAAGGUGUCAUUUGACAGUUCUAGGAAGACGCUGUCAGACAAAAUGGUAUUAAGAAGCUCUUGGAAAUCUCGGCAUAAAAACAGCUGCGGACCUGCUCCCCGCUGGAUCCGACCAGGAUUGGCAGCCCUGCUCUGUUUAUGUGUUACUCGGUUAGCUUGCGGCAGUGAGCCGGUGGGGGAAACCAAAAACAUAAUCCAGAAAGAUGCGGAGUUUGAUGUCACCUAUAACGACACGGUUACAAGUGAAAAUCAGACCAUCUAUGCGUUUAAUCACACAAUUUCUCGGAAUAAGACGGAGGGAGUGCGUGUGUCUGUGGACGUGUUAUCCAACAAGUCGGAGAGUCCUAUCCUGUUUGUAGUGCGACAAAAGCAAGCUGUGCUGUCUUUUCAAGUCCCUCUUAUUCUCAGAGGCCUUUACCAGAGGAAAUACCCUUACUACCAUGUGGGCAGGACCUUGUGCCAACCUCCAACCCGGGCCGCCUUGGAGACUCAGUACUUCUUUGUUGACGUGUCUACCUUGUCCAGCCAGGGUACAAACUACCAACUCAGAGUCAGCCGUGUUGAAAGUUUCACAUUGCAGACAAACAAGAAAUUCAGCUUCACUGCAUCACCAUCCCAACCUCAGUAUUUCAAGUAUGUCUUCCCGGACGGGGUGGAUACUGUGAUCGUCAAGGUCAACUCGGACAUGAACUUCCCUUGCUCUGUUAUGUCCAUCCAGGACAUCCAGUGCCCUGUCUACGACCUUGACAAUAACGUGGCCUUCAUUGGGAUGUACCAGACUAUGACAAAAAAAGGUGCCAUCACUGUGCAGAGGAAAGAUUUUCCCAGCAACAGUUUCUACGUGGUGGUGGUGGUCAAAACCGAGGACGAGGCAUGCGGCGGCCCGCUGCGCUUCUACCCUCUGAGACCUGAUGAGCUGAUUGACGCUGGCAACCGUAGCAAGGUCCUCGAUGUAAUGGUCUCGCCCGCCAUCAACUUGGAGGCGUACGUGAUGGGAAUGCUGUUCUGUUUGGGGAUCUUUUUCUCAUUCUACCUGCUGACCUUGCUCUAUGCCUGUCUUGAAAACACACGACUGAAUAAGAGGAGAGAGGCGUUUCCGAACCCUGCUGACAUGUCGCCUGCUGAGACAGCCUCUCUGCUUGGGAAGAACGGAGAUGGGAAGACUCCAGCUUCCCCGUAUGAAUACGGCUCCUUUGCUGAUAAUGGCAGCACAAUGAGUUCAGAGGCCAUUACUGACAGCGCCACUUCAACUGACAACAAUUAUGGAUACAUGGAGCGAUCGCUGGAAAGUGUUGCACGAAGCAGGCAGGAGUCUUUGAGUUCUGUGGAAGAGGAUGACUAUGACACACUGGACGACAUCCACUCAGACAAAAACAUUGUUCGCACAAAGAAAUUUCUGUAUGUGUCUGACUUGGCCCGCAAAGACAAGAGGAUUCUCAGCAAGAAAUAUCAAAUCUACUUCUGGAACAUUGCUACUAUUGCUGUGUUCUACGCCCUGCCAGUCAUCCAGCUGGUCAUCACCUAUCAGACGGUUGUCAAUGUUACAGGAAACCAGGAUAUCUGCUACUACAACUUCCUGUGCGCCCACCCUCUUGGAGCUCUAAGUGCAUUCAACAACAUCCUCAGUAACCUCGGUUACGUGAUGCUGGGGCUCCUCUUUCUCCUCAUCGUCCUCAAAAGGGAUAUCGCCCACAGUCGCGCUAUGGAACGCCGCGAUGUCAACGCACUGGAGUGCGGCAUCCCAAAGCACUUUGGUCUCUUUUAUGCCAUGGGAACAGCUCUGAUGAUGGAGGGUUUACUCAGUGCCUGCUAUCAUGUGUGUCCAAACUACACUAACUUCCAGUUUGACACUUCCUUCAUGUACAUGAUUGCUGGACUGUGUAUGUUGAAGCUCUAUCAGAAGAGACACCCAGACAUCAAUGCAAGCGCUUACACUGCUUAUGCCUGCCUCGCCGCUGUCAUCUUCUUUUCUGUGUUGGGAGUGGUGUUUGGCAGAGGAAACACAGCCUUCUGGAUUGUUUUCUCUGUGAUCCACAUUGUGGCCACGCUCCUGCUCAGCACGCAGCUCUACUAUAUGGGUCGAUGGAGGCUCGACGCUGGGAUCCUGCGCAGGAUAGUUUAUGUCAUCUACACAGAUUGCAUCAGGCAGUGCAGUGGGCCGAUGUACAUUGACCGCAUGGUUCUGCUUGUGAUGGGGAACAUAGUCAACUGGUCUCUGGCUGCCUAUGGCCUCAUACAGAAACCUAACGACUUUGCCUCCUACCUGUUGGCCAUCGCCAUCUGUAACCUGCUGCUCUACUUUGCGUUUUACAUCAUUAUGAAGCUGCGGAGCGGUGAGAGAAUCAAGUGUCUGGCGUUGGUGUGUAUUCUCUUCACGGCUGUUGUGUGGGGCUUUGCGCUAUAUUUCUUCUUCCAGGGUCUCAGCACCUGGCAGAAAACUCCGGCCGAGUCCCGUGAGCACAACAGGGACUGUAUCCUGCUGUCAUUCUUCGACGACCACGACAUUUGGCAUUUUCUCUCCUCCAUCGCCAUGUUUGGAUCCUUCCUGGUCCUCCUGACCAUGGACGAUGACCUCGACACCGUCCAGAGAGACAAGAUCUACGUCUUCUAAAUUUGUCAGAUCUUCUGUGAAGAGCUCAGCUCCUCCCUCUCUGCCUUAUCGCCCUUCUCCGUUUCCAUUCGCAUCCCCUCCAUCUUUUCAAAAAGCACAGCCAGUAGCCUGUUUUCACGUUGUUGAUGAGCGCGUCGCUGCCUCUCACAACCAAUCAGGGAAGGGCAGCAGCCCCUCCCUCUACCUGCGUGGACACUAAUGUGCCAAUCAAAAGCUGGAAUAACGUCGAGUGACACUGAAGUGUUUAGUCCUCUCGCUGCCAUCAUCGAUGUAACUGUUGAAAUCCGUGUUUACUGCUGAUGAUAACGGUGUGCAUUCUUGCUUAAAAAACCGUCCAGAUGAACUUAUUUUGUAUGGUCUGCAUUAUGUUUGGCCUGAGAGUCAGCAAUGUAUUUUAAUUACUGUUUGUAGCCUGUUUAUAUGCUGUGUGUGAGUGUUUGUACAGGUGUGUGUGUGUGUGUGUGUGUGUGUGCGUGCGCGCGUGUAUUUACAAAAAUAAUUGUGGGAAGAUGAAUCCUGUCCAGUCUCAGUGGCCUUCAAUGUUCUAAUCAUACUAGUCACAUAUUGUGUUCUGAUUGGUCAAAUCCUCAAGCUAGCCGUCCUCCUCUUUGGGGAAUAGCCAUGAACACAUGAUUGUAUUUACGCUGAACUGCCCUGAAGUGUGACUCUAAAGGUAUUUUUGCACUCUAUAAAAAUGGAUUUUAUUGUCAGGCAUUGCAAUGAAUGGAUACUGAAUAAAGGUCUUUUCUGAAA